CCCACGCCCCCUUCCAUCUGUAUCUAACGUGUACAGUGUUGGCGAUAUAAUACAGAUGAUCGAAACAUUAGUUUGGUACAGUGAAAUCCUAUUGAAAAAAUAUUCAAAUGGAAAAAGUUAGUUCUGCAUCACAUGUGAUCUUCCAAUGGAUGUUCCUGUACCUUUUACUCCUGUUGAACUCUCCUGUAUGUCUGAGUUAUUAUUCUGGAAAUAGAUAUCAGUUUGCUUGUGUGGGCCAGGAUGUUCAAAUUGCAGUUGAUUCAAGAUCAAGGCUUGUAACUUUUCACAGCACGGCGUGGCAGCGUCCAAGGAAAGUGGUGCUUGAAAACACCAGCGUUAAAGACCCACGGUAUGAGUGGAUGAGGAAUAUGACCUUGAUCAUCAGAAAUGUGACUUCUGAGGAUCAGGGGCUGUAUUCCAUAAAAUCCCCCAUCACUGGUUUCAGUUUUGAGACUGUCCACCUCACUGUCUCAGACUGCCUGAAGAGGUUCAGCCGCAAUUACGGGGAAACGUUCAAACUGGAGAUCCCACAAUAUGGAGACAUGUUGGAGUUUCUGAGCUCCUCUCAUUCACUUGUUCCUAAGCACUCUUCCUCUCCUCCUACUGUUCGCUCACCGGCAGAACCGGUCGUUGUGUGGACCACGGCCAAGUUCAAGGUUGGUGGGAAGAGCCAUGGACAUGUGAGGAAUCGGUAUUGGGUGAUAGAUAGUGUGGCUCCCAGUGACCAAGGCACCUACACUGUUAAAGACAGCAAUGGCACAGUGGUGUCCAGAAUCAGCCUUACUGUGAGAGCCCAUAUGUUUAAUCUCACUCUCUCCAGUAAGGAGUCCCUGUUUGUCCAGCUGUGGGGGCUGGUGCCUGGGGCACGGCUAUUCUUUAGUCCGACCCUGCGUGCCAUCCCAACCACGCCCUCCGUGGUGUUCCGAGAUGGGGGCAUCGUGGACAGUGAGAGCCACUACCGAGGCCGACUCUCACUAUUGCGUAAUGACACAGGCGUAUAUGUGGUGAUCAGUGCACUCAGUGGAAAGGACGAUGGAAUAUAUGAGUUGUGGGAUGCAAAAGGCAAUUUGGUGUCUAGGACUGUGAUUACAGUCAAAGAAAGGAAUACUAAAUGGAGAGGGGUAAUAAAGUCCAUCAGUGUGCCAUCAGGGAUGUUUGCAACUUUGGCAGGUUUCAUACUCUUCAUGAAGAGGUAUCCCAGGUGCAGUGUCACAAACAUACUGAGUGGCCUCAGAGACCGUCACUGUUCAACCCGCGCAAACUCUGGCACACUGCAGAGCCAGGACUACAGACAUGAUACAGCCUAUUUUUCAGACUCUUCUUAUGGCAGUAGAGCUUCAGUUAAGAGGAAUUCAAGCCCAUCUUAUUCUGGUUACCUUUCUAUUAUUGAUAAUACAGAAAAUAAAUCACCUUCCCCUUUGAGAAUGGGAUACAUAGAUGAAGAAGCCAGAACUGACUCAGCUGGAAAUCAUGAAGAGGAGAUGAUCAAAGAGCAUGAUCUUGAGAAAAAGAUAUCAGUUUCAGUUCCUGGAGACUCCAAUUGGCUCAAGCCAUCAGAUGUUUGCAUUCAGUUUGAUAUUGGGAGGAAGGAGGGAAGGGGAGUCGAAAAGAAUGAGGAAGAACACCAAGAUUAUUUCUCUAUACUACCUCUAAACACUGACACUUCUCACCUCUGUAGUGUUUACACCUCUGAAAAACUCAGCUUCCAUUAAGGGACCAGAGCAUUUACUGAUAGACUCUAGAUGAGAAAGCAUAGGAAUUAAAAGGAAAGUCAAGCAGUAGAGGAAAAAUAAAAAGACUUACUAACAAAAAUAUGCUGUGAAACAGGUGAAUAAAAGAAAUAAAAUGUGUCAUUAUAAGACAAAUGAAAUGUGAUUAUUAAAGUGCAAUGCCUUUUCUGUCUUGCAAUAAUAAUGUAGUACCCCCUUGCCCUUAAAAAUUCUUAAAGGAACGUUUUAAGAAAUCAUGUCCUAAUAACACAUGCCACAUUGUUUUGUUGAAUUUAGUCUGACUUCUGACAUAUUUGGUUAUGUUUUGGCAAACUGAGAUGCCACUUCACACUACUCCUACAUUUGCUAUGUCUGAAAGCCUUAUUAAAAUGCAGAUCAGAGUAAGCCCAGGCAGGGAAAUUUGAAUGACCACAUUCUCUUUUAAGUCAAAUUACCUAUUACAAAUCUGAAUUAUGUUGUACACCAUUGUGAAUUAAUUCCACAUCAAAGUAUGAUAUCCUGUUUUGAUUACUACUUUGAGUUGUUAUAGUAAAUAAUAAGACAAUGAUAAAAUAUUACAAUGUUUUGCAUACAAUUCACCCACUUGAAUGGAGGAUUCUUGUUAUUAUGUAGGAUGGGGUGAAUGACUAAGCAGUUUGAGUGUCUUAUACACGGCAAACAGUAUUCAGCUGCCUGUUGGUUAUGAUAGAUUAUUUUCAAGCGUUCAAGAGUGCAAAAAAUGAGGGUUCUCUGUGCUUUUCUGGGUCUUAUGCCCCUUAGAACUCAGGGAAAUUUAAAUACCUCACAGCCACAAUAUUAAAAAUAUUCCAAAUUUUUUGUCUGUUAGCAUCUCUGCAAAUAGCUACAAAUCACCCCCAGUUGCUUGGAUUCAGUAAAGGCACUGAUGACAAAGACUCUCAGACCCAAAUAACUGCAGUCCAGAGAUAUUAUGGGAUGAUAUCCUGUAACUGUCGAUAAAUUGAAGUAUGUACACUAUACUUUUAUCUCUUCUGGGUUGUUUUGAACAGCAAAAUUACAUUUCAUAAGAAUGUUUUUAAUCAAUGAAACCAGUCUGAACAAACUAGCUAUGCUGGUAGCUAGCUAGCGCACUCUGUUGACCUGCUUCAGUACAAUGUCAUUGCACAUAAAAAGUAUUUUGCAGAUUUUUUCACUUAAUGGCUAGUCAUUAAUGCACUGUAAUAUGCUUGUCAAAUGACCAGAAUAAGGCUGGGACUAAUGUUUGGCAAAAGGGUGCACAAGGUCUGCCAUGCCAUGCAAAUGAUUGUCAGAUUAUCAUGUCAAGCAACACUAUGGCUCAGUAUUUGACUAUAAAAGUCCUAGAUGACUUUUAUAAAAGUGAUGACUUCUUCAGCUCAGAAAUCUUACUUUAUGAACUGUCCUAUAUAUAUAGGAUUAUUCUAGGUAGACAGUUCAUAAAGUAAGAUUUAGUUAAUCUGUUUUUAACCUUUGAUGCAACCCUUAAAUUGUUAUAUACAUAAAUGUGUGUGUUCCCUGAGUAUACUGUAUUAGUGCUCUAUUUACCAAUGUCUGAUAACUGGCAGAAGUCAUGGGGAAAAGAUUGGUUUAAAUCAGUUUAUUUCAUUACAUUUUUUCAUACUACAUAUUAGCAAACAUAAUUCAUUAAGAAUCAUUUUUGAGCUAUGAUUAGUUUUGAAUUGUGUACUUUUGAUACAAAUAACUUCCUCAAAACAGACAAGCAAAGUAAUUUGUUCCAGUAGUAGUUUUAAUUGCAAUUUUAUUUGUGACCAUGCCUUUCUCUAAUAAAGCAACUCCUCUGCAGAGAUUAAUAGCCUAUUCCAUUUGUAAUAAUGUAUAUUUGUAUUAUAUACUAUAUUAUCCUUGAAAUAUUAUAUAAUAUACAAUAGAUAUUGCUAUAAAUGAAAGCAUCAAGAAUAAAAGAUUACAGUCUAUA